AUGUCUCAACAUUUUCCUAUGUCACAAGGUGAUGGUUCAUUUCCGAGUUUCGAUUGCUCAUACACAUCGAACGCAACAGAUGACAACAAUGAAGCAAAAGUUGAAGACGUCGAAGAAAAUGAAAGAGGUCAUGAAGGAGGCAAUCCAGAUGGAAAAACAAAGUUUUUGUCAAAAGCUGAAGAAGUGGUUCUUGUGAAGGCUUGGCUUGAGUUAUUUCGUCAGAGAUUUUGCAUGAACAAACAUAUCUUUCUCCAAAUAAAGCAAACUUUAGAAGAACGCCAUCCCUUCUUUCAACAAAGUCAAUAUGCUACAGGAAGAUUUGGUGUCUCUGCAUUGCAAAAAUACACAGUUGUUAUGAGGCUAAUAGCUUAUGGCACCUCUGCUGAUUACGUGGAUGACUACAUUCGAAUUAGUGCAUCUCUUGCAAGAGAUUUAUUAUAA